ACUUAACUAUUUUUACAACAGUCAAAGACCGGAGUGUAAAGAAUAUUAAACACAGAGAUGGCCCCAAAGAAUCAAGAAAACAUCAACGCCAAGUUAGGUUUGGUUAUCAAGUCCGGUAAGUACACCUUGGGUUACAAGUCCGUCGUCAAAUCCUUGAGAUCUGGUAAGUCCAAGUUGAUCAUCAUCGCUGGUAACACUCCAGUCUUGAGAAAGUCUGAAUUGGAAUACUACGCCAUGUUGUCCAAGACCCCAGUCUACUACUUCCAAGGUGGAAACAACGAAUUAGGUACUGUUUGUGGUAAAUUAUUCAGAGUUGGUACCUUAUCUGUUUUGGAUGCUGGUGACUCUGACAUCUUGUCUUCUUUGUAAGUUAAGUAUCCUGUAUUAUAAUAGACAACUUAAUUUAU